GAGAUGUACACAAACGAAUGAGGCGGAUAUUCCCUGAACGUGAAUAUAUCCAAAGCUCAGGUAUUCGAGGCUACUCCUAUGACAUGCAGAAUAGCAACUCUUAAAGAUACGAGAUGGGUGCUGAUUUCACCCCAAAACUCCCAAUCAACAUGCUAACUUGGUCAAUGAAGAACCAGGUGGAAAUGAUGCGAGCGAGAGCUUCAGUAUGGGACUGUCCAAGUCCAGUAUUUGCAGGGAGAUUCACCGAGAGGGCGCAGAUCCAUCUGGAAAAAGCAACUCAAGUUCGCGAGAAUCAAGCAAGCACAUCUGGCGGCCUCGUGUACAUGAUGAUCCGGAUGUUUGUCUUGAUUGUUUUAAAGUCAAUCGCAGUCAUGUAACUUGCCCUUGUGGACGAACCUGGGUUUGUGAGCUAUGUGCUCAGAAAGAAAUUCAGAGGAGCGGUCGACGUUGUCCGGGAUGUCAGACGUUUGAUUGCUUCGAAGGCCCGUGUAGACAUAUCCGUGCACGCACGGAGUGUCGAAAGACAACACUAUGCAAAGAUUGCGCGGAGGAAGAUAUACCCGACGAGGAAGGGCUUUCACUGUCAAACAAGGGUGUAGUCCUCGUGACGGGAUGCAAAUUAUUAUCCUGCGGGGUUUUGUGCCAUGGCUAACGCUCAUUGCCAGGAAUACAUAGACGAUUUUGACGAAGAUUGCAUGGAGUGUGGGGCACCUUUGUGUCCGAACUGGCCGGAGUAUAAAUGUAUGUAUUGUUAUUGGACUGUUAUAUUGACAGCUCG